UUUGUUCAGGACUCAGGAGAAGCGGAGUUUCAGAUUGAAAAAGUUGAUUUUCAUGAAAACUUCAAUGUUGGUCCUUAUCUUAAUAACGAUAUAGCCAUUGCUCACAUACGACAAGAUGAGGGUGGGAUAAAGUUUGGUCCUUAUGUUGGCCCUGUUUGUCUACCCAGCCCACACACUACCUACGCAGGAAAGAAUGUGACGAUAUCAGGGUGGGGGAAGAAUGGUUAUGAUCAGGAUCUGAACGGGAAAAAUUUCAUCUCCAAACUUCAAUACGCAAGCGUACCUGUAAUCCCUUCCGGAGUGUGCAGACAGGAUAACGUAUAUGGAGGAGAGAAGAUAUCUUCUGGAAUGUUCUGUGCUGGUCUUCUAGAGGGAGGAGUAGAUUCGUGUCAGGGGGAUAGCGGAGGCCCUGCAGUUCUUCUUGAAGAAACAGUGGGUGGAGCAGAUAGGGGAGUUGUAGUUGGUCUCACCAGCUGGGGGUAUGGGUGUGGCAGGCAGUUCAAACCAGGCGUAUACACCAGGUUGUCUAAGUAUGUUCCCUGGAUUUACGAGAAAAUAAAACAACUCCAUGUUUAAUGAACUCCAUGUUUAAUGUUUGAAUUACCUAUUCUGUUUUUUCAUUUCAUAUUUUAUUUUAUUUUUAUGAUUUCAACCGUUUCGCAUUGACAGAACAUAUUAGCGUUGCAAAAGCAAACUGAGAACUUCUUGAAGAAAAAAGAAACAGAAAAGUCGCAAAAUGCUUAAUUUUUAAAGUUCCUUAAUAAAAUUAAAAGAAAUA